AUGACCGCAUCAACGCCGCCGGUCGGAGUCGCCGUUACUGCGACCCAUGUGGUUACACUCGUUCACUUCGUCACGCCUAUCAAUGCCGUCUGGAUCUACGAACCCUUGUCCUCGAGCGAUACGGUUCCACUCGAAAGACUGCGCAACGCUAUCAGUCGGCUCCUAGACUAUUAUCCCCACUUGACAGGCCGAAUGCAUAUCGACCCUAAUACUGGAGUUCGUACCAUGACCAGAAUUGGCAGUGGUAUUCAUUUACUCGAAGCCAAAUGCGACGCAUCGUUACAAUCCUUCGCGAGGGGGUCUUCUAAAUGUGAUAAGCAAUUCAGCGUUUUUGAUCUUCCCAAUGCAGGAAAUGCACUGCUGGCGCCAUGGGAUUUGUCUCUUGGUGGGAGACAGCAGGAUCCUGUUUUUACUAUUCAGCGUACCGAGUUUACGUGUUCGUCUGUGGCUAUCGGCAUCGGGCUAUCGCUUGUUGUCGUUGGGGCUGGCGGUUUCCUGGGCUUGUAUCAGGACUUGACGGCAAUUUAUCGAGCGAUGACUAUUGACCCAGCGAUUGAAGAGCUAGUAGAGUUGGCAUAA